GCGUGGCUACUACGAUCGCGAGGGGUUUUGUGCUUUGUGUUCGGUUGUGUCAAGUGUAUUUGUUGCCAAAGGAAGCAGGGAGGCAUCCAGCCGUAACAUUCCCUCGGAAAUCUAGUUGGCCUGGGCUGGUGUGCAAUCUCUCGGCGGCGCGCUACCAUAACAACACAACAAAACGGUGGUGCUGGUGGAAGCAACGACUACUACGAUAUCGAGUCGACGCUGGCUGGAAAGAGUUGGUACCGAACUGUUUUCAACAGAGUUUGCGAGCAAAAAAAAAACAUGUUUUCUGGUGCAAACUAUUGCCAGCCGUGGCGUCAUCGACGCCAUCGCCGUCGCCUACUGUGACGAGGAAUUUGGGCCGCAACCGUGUCGGAUUUGUUCACGAAUUUUAAAAACUCUGCGCGAAAUAUUGAAGAGGAGAUGGGCUAGGAUGUGUAAGAGCACUGUUUGCUAAAAUUGAUAAAAAGUGAAGUGGUCAGACAGGCGGAAAAAAAAUUAAGCAAUUAGGUGCUUCCAGGAAGACCUUCUCCUCCCACUCGCCGCGCGUGAGGGUUAAAUUUUGCGAAACAAAAGAAGAAGUGGAUAAAUACGUGCCAGUUGAAGUGCUCUGCCAGCGCAAAAUUGAAAGAGUUAAGGAGUACGGGAACGGAAGAAUAGCAGAGUGCGCGGGGACACGGUUCAAGAAUCUUUAAUGGAUUUGUUGGAUUUGGCGCGGAGAGAACAAUAACGCGCUGCGCAACAGGAAGAGAGGCCAGCAGCAUCCAAGCAAGCGUCAGUUCAGUUCAGUGGACUCUGCCCCAGCAAAACAUCGGAAUCUCAUAGACUGCUACGAUCGCGCUUCUUCCCACGUCGUCGUCGGUCGUUCAUUAUCAACUGCGGGAUCGCGCAGCAACCUUCGCUGAAAAGUAAAUUAGCCCGGCCCGGUCAGCUCCAGCGAUGGCCGACUACUGCAACGUACGAUCGGGCGGCAGUGCUGCCAGCACAUUCAGGUCACCGACGGUGUAUCACCAUGCGCCGCGGCAUCACACCCUGACGAGGACAUCCGGCGCGGACCGGAUGAUGGACGGUUCGGCGAUCGCCGUCAAGGAUCGGCUCGUCGGAACGAUGGACGGAGGCGGAGGCCAACGGGUUCGGACGGUGAGGUUAUGUCGGCCGCAGGGCUUCGGCUCGCAUCACUUCCAGGUGAGCGGCAAUUUUGGCUUUUCAAUCCGCGGAGGACUGGAGUACGGAACCGGGUUUUUCGUGUCGGCGAUCGAGAAGGACAGCGAAGCGGACCGGCAGGGGCUGAGGGUUGGCGAUCAGAUUGUUAGGGUCAACGGUUACCAGGUGGACGAUGCGGUGCACCGAGAGUUGGCCGGGUUUGUGGCCAACCAGGAGCGGCUGGUGCUGAAGGUUCGCAGCGUCGGAAUCAUUCCGGUGAAAGAACGCUCGGGCGAUCCGCUGACGUGGCACGUGGUCUCCAGUACGACCGGAAAGCACCGGGACGGCGAUUCGAGGACCAGCUGCAGUAGCACGAGCAGUGCCAGCAGCAGUUCCGGCGGCACGAUGGAGGAGUUGCUACCGCCGGGAAGGGACAUCAAGGUGAUCCUGUCGGUGGCACCGCGGACGAAGCUGGGCUGCGGGAUCUGCAAGGGCCCCGAGUGGAAGCCGGGUAUUUUUGUGCAGUUCACCAAGGAGGGCGGAGUGGCCAGGGAGGCCGGAUUGCGACCGGGGGAUCAGAUUUUGUCCUGUAAUGGGAGGGAGUUUGCGGACAUUACGUUUGCCGAAGCGGUUAGCAUUAUGAAGGCUUCGCAUGUGCUGGAACUGGUGGUUCGGCCUGGCGCCGGAAGUGACAUGUUCCCCGGGGAAAGCAGCGGGUACAACAGCAGUGCGAGCAGCGUCAAUGGGGACCAGAGUCCGUGCUGGGGCGAUUCUGCCGCGAAGAGGUUGAGUAUUGUUAGGGAGGAAUCGAUUUCCAAUGGACAACGGGGAAAGGAACGGGAGAGAUCGGGUGGACCAAAGAGUGGGGGAACCGUUUCCGGGCGGAGGAAUAAUACGACGAUUAUCGAGUUUUCGGAGAACGGAACCGUAGUUAACAAUUCGCUGAUGUCGGAAAACGGAAAGAAGACGACGGAUUCUGUUGAUGGAGGCCAGGCAGGUUCCAGCAAACUCGCGGACAUCUGCUUCGUGUCCAAGCAGAGCGAAACCAAAACAAUCAUCGUGGAGGUUCACCGAAGUGCUUCGACCAAUUCGGUCGCAACGAACGGUUCCGGAGGGUCAAACAUCCCGCCACCUCCUCCACUCUUUGCAGACAAGAUUCCUCCACCUCCGCCACCAAACGGACUCAACAAACCGGGAGGGCUCGGAACAAACCGACAGCAGCGGAGUCCAUCCGCGGUCAGUCUUGCCGAUUCCAGCGCCAGCAGCGGAAUCGCCGACUGCGGACCAUCCAGCGGAGGUCUCGGCAACGCAAUCUCCGAGGAGUUGAAGCGACGAGCGCAGAAGCAGACGCCGUCGAUUUCGUCGCUCAGCUCGGCGAACGCGCUGGAACCGGCGGCCGCGCUGACCGAGCUGGAGAACCGACUCAAGGAGAGGCGACUGAAGCCGACGGCUUCCGUCGGUGGGCCACCCGGAACGGACCUGGCACGACACUCGGCGCUGAUGGACGAGUUCAAAGCGGUGCACAAGCGGAUGUUCAAGAACGGGUUUGACAACGCCGAGCUGAAGCGCGCCCCCUCCAAAGACAAGCUGCCGAUCGAGGUGCGGCCGCCGGCCACGGCACCGGCCCCCACCGGGACCACCAAGGGCACGAUGGGCCGGGUGGCCGCCACGGAGAUGGCCCGCGCCAGUGGCGACAUUGCCGAGCUGGAAUCGAUCGAAUCGUUCAAGCUGACCAAUCCGUCGCCGAAGCCGGUCCGGCCGCCCUCCUACUACUUCUGCCCCCAGGGCACCGGUCCGGCCACGAUGAAAAAGUCCCAAAAGCCGAUCGCCGUCACGAUUAGCGAGUAUCAGCGGGAGGUGCCUCCCGGCGGCAAGAAGCCCGGAGCAGGUUCCGUGGGGAAUUUGAAGCACGAGCUGGAGAAGACGCUGUCGCUGUCGAAUUUGAGGCAGAGGAGCGAAUCGAGGGAGGAUUUGGUGGAACGGAUUCAGAUUAAUGGGGGGCGGGGUGGGGACCACGAGCAGGUGAAACUGAGCCGGAGCUCGUCGGUGGCCAACGUUGGAGGGCGGAGCUCGUCGACGGCCGUUUCGAACGGGAAUCGGAUUACGAUCGCAAUUUCAAAUUCCGGAGAGAAGAAGAAGUGAGUGUAAUUGUGUAAAGUAAACAAAGAGAUUUUGUUUUUUUCUUGUAAACUUAAGAUAAAACAUUUUUGCUAUCUUAAGAGAGAUUAUAAACAGUUUAAAAGCUUGUCAAAGAAUCUAUUAACUGUAAGUAAUAUUUUGCAAUGUAUAUUAAGAAAAUCUAACUCAAAGUUUUCGUGGUAUUUUUGUCGAUUUGUAAGUUUUUUGUGUAAUUUGUAUGUGAAAUAUGCUCAAAAUUAUAUUUAAUAAAAAUGUAUUUAUAAAUAAA